UGUUAACACAUUUUUCAAGUCUGUUAACUUUUUCUCCGCUCGUUUGUGUGUUUAUAUGCCUUGAAAAUAAUUAAAAAUAAAAGUUAAAUAUUUAUUCUGAACACCACAAAUUCCAAUAAAAAAAGCAAAGUGUUGUAAGUGCUGAAAGUGCAAAACAGCGAAAGAAUUAAUAAUACAACUACAAAGUAUACCAAGGAACAUCAUUGAACCGACAAUGAAACGUGAAAGUAGUGAUGGUGAUGCAGCCCAAGAUCAGAAGCGGAAUCGACGUAAUGAGGAGACUGUACGCAUACUAAUACCAAGCAGUAUUGCUGGCGCAGUUAUUGGCAAAGGUGGACAGCAUAUACAAAAGAUGCGAACUCAGUAUAAAGCCACAGUGUCUGUCGAUGAUUCCCAAGGCCCCGAACGCACCAUACAAAUUUCGGCGGAUAUCGAGUCGACAUUGGAGAUAAUUACCGAAAUGCUGAAAUACUUUGAGGAGCGCGAUGAAGACUUUGAUGUGCGUCUAUUGAUUCAUCAGAGUUUGGCUGGAUGCGUUAUUGGCAAAGGUGGCCAGAAGAUCAAGGAGAUACGUGAUCGCAUUGGUUGCCGUUUCCUUAAGGUCUUUAGCAAUGUGGCUCCACAGAGUACAGAUCGCGUUGUCCAGACUGUCGGCAAGCAGAGUCAAGUCAUUGAGGCGGUGCGUGAGGUUAUUACCCUAACACGGGACACGCCCAUUAAGGGGGCCAUUCACAAUUAUGAUCCCAUGAACUUUGAUCGCGUCUAUGCCGAUGAAUAUGGUGGCUAUGGAACUGGCAGUGGCAGCACUCGUCCCAGUCAGCGCGGCAAUAACCGCAAUGGAGGCGGCGGCGGCGGCGGAUCUGGCAACGGGGGAGCCGGCUUUGGCAACAAUGGCGGAGGAGGCGGCGGUGGUGGAGGUCGCGGUGGUAGUGGUGGCCGGGAUCGCUUCGGCGGCGGUGGUAAUGGAGGAUCUAGCAAUCUAGGCGGUGGCGGCGGACAACGUGGUGAUAAUCCAUUCAUCAACCCGUGGGCCAACAAUGGAGUUGGAGGCGGCGGUGGCGGUGAUGUCGAUGGCUUUGGCAAUAAUGGCGGUAGCUCUGGAGGAUUUGGUGCCAAUAGCUUUGGUGGCGGCGGCGGACCAUUUGGUGGAAAUAAUUUUGGCAAUAAUGGCUUCGGCGGUGGCGAUUUUGGAGGCAACGGUGGCACCAAUUUCAGUCAGAAUCAGAGUACCAACAGUUUGCCAAGCUUGAGUAGCUUCAAUCCAAAUCAAGGCGGCAGCGGCAAUAGUCUACCCAGUUUGGGUAACUUUGGCCAGACACAAGGCGGCGGCAGCUUGGGCAAUGGCAAUGCUAACAGUGGAUCCCUUGGUGGAGGCGGUGCUAAUAAUGGUGGUUCAGGCGGUGGUUUCAAUGCCAGCGGUGGAGCCGGCAAUGCUGGUGGUGGCGGCUCCAAUGGCAGUUCAAAUGCUCCAACUAAUAUUCCUCAAGGACACGAUCCCAAUAAUAGUACACAGGUUACCAUACCAAAGGAGUUGGCUGGUGCCAUUAUAGGCAAAGGAGGUGGCCGCAUACGUCGCAUCAGGAACGAAUCGAGUGCUUAUAUUACAAUCGAUGAGCCCCUGCCCAAUUCAAAUGAUCGCAUCAUUACCAUAUCGGGCACACCCAAGCAAAUACAAAUGGCCCAGUAUCUGCUGCAACAGAGCGUUCACGAAAAUGGCAGACGAAACAUUUAAGUGGGCAACAACAUAAACACCACCAACAACAACAACAUUAACAAUAACUCGAUACUAACAACAACAACAACAACAUGAAUAUUAAGAAAAGAUGUGCUGCUUAAAAUUUACACCCAAAUCAACAACAAAAAGGAAAAGUCCAACAUAAAAGGAGGAGGAGAGCCAGAAGAGCAACGAUGAUGAUGCUGAUGGAAGGAAAGAAGCGCCACCACCCCCAAAAAUAAUAUAUAUAUAUAUGGAAACAAAAAUUUCUUUUGAUUUCUUUACUAAGUUUUAAGUAAAAACGGAAAAUAUCUUCAUAAAUAUAUAUAUAUAUAUAUAAUCUAUAUAUAUAUAUACGUCUAAUCACUAUGUGUAUGUGUGCGGCCAUGUUCUUUAACGUCUAGGCCAAAAGGAAAGUCAUCCUUUUUUGAAACAAAGAAAUGAAAACAACUCUGUAUAUUAAGAAGAAUGAACAAAUAAAAUAUAAAGAAAGA